AUGCCGUCUGUCCCCGAGUCCGUCGUCGACUCGGUCAAGAGCCUCGGGCUCAAUGGAUCUGCCAGCACGGUGAAUGAAGGUGCUGGCGACGUCAUCGUCAAGAACAUCUGCUGCGUUGGAGCUGGUUACGUCGGCGGCCCUACUGCUUCCGUCGUCGCCUACCAGAACCCCCACAUCAGGGUCACCGUCGUCGAUCGCGACGAGACGAGGAUCCGUCGCUGGAACUCCCAGCACCCUCCCAUCUACGAGCCGGGCCUGCGCGACAUCGUGCGCAUCGCCCGUGACGGAGGUCGCAGGACCGCCUUCUCCAGCGACCCCGACGACCCCGAUGCCGCCGACCUGACAAUCGCCGAGCGUCCCGCCAACCUCUUCUUCACCACCGACGUCGCCAAGAGCAUCAGCGAGGCCGACAUCGUCCUCGUCGCCGUCAACACCCCUACAAAGUACCGCGGCGUCGGUGCCGGCAGCGCGACCGACAUGACCGCCUUCGAGGCCGUCACCAGCGUCGUCGCUCAGUAUGCCCGUGAGGGUGCCAUCAUCGUCGAGAAGAGCACCGUCCCCUGCCGGACAGCCCAGCUCGUCGCCGACACUCUCUCCAUGCACCGCCCUGGUGUCCACUUUGAGAUCCUCUCCAACCCCGAGUUCCUCGCUGCCGGUACGGCCGUCAACGAUCUGGUGUACCCCGACCGUAUCCUGAUCGGAUCAGCGCCCACGCCCUCGGGCAAGAAGGCCGCCGAGGCCCUCGUCGGCGUCUACGCGGCCUGGGUGCCUCGCGACCGCAUCCUGACCACCAACGUCUGGUCGUCCGAGCUGGCCAAGCUCGUCGCCAACUCCAUGCUCGCCCAGCGCAUCUCGAGCAUCAACUCCAUCUCGGCCCUGUGCGAGCAGACAGGUGCUGACGUCGACGAGGUCUCCAAGGCCGUCGGCGUGGACCCGCGUAUCGGCAACAAGUUCCUGGUGGCCGGCAUCGGAUUCGGCGGCAGCUGCUUCAAGAAGGACGUCCUCAACCUCGUCUACCUGGCCGACACCAUGGGCCUGCCCGAGGUCGGCGAGUACUGGCGCCAGGUGGUCAAGAUGAACGAGUACGCGCGCGACCGCUUCACGAACCGCAUCAUCAAGUGCCUCAACAACACGCUGGUGGGCAAGAAGGUCACCAUCCUGGGCUUUGCCUUCAAGAAGAACACGUCGGACACGCGCGAGGCCCCCGCCCUCGAGAUGAUCAAGACCCUGCUCGAGGAGAGGCCGCGCGAGAUCGCCGUCUUCGAUCCCUGCUGCAACCCCCUCGUGAUCAAGGACGAGAUCAGGCUCCUCCUCGGCCCCGUCGCCCAGCUGGACAACAUCUCCGUCUACGGAAACGCCCUCGACGCCUGCAAGGGCAGCACCGCCGUCGUCAUCGCCACCGAGUUUGACGAGUUCCGCAACCAGCCCCCUCCCCCUCCCGCCGCCGGCGCCGCCGUCGACUCCGCCGCCAAGACGAUCGGCCGCAAGCCCAACCCCAAGGUCGACCCUCGUCCCUUCGGCUCCCUCGCUGCCGCUGCCGCUGCCGGUGCCGCUCCCUCGCCCAACGACAUACUCGCCCUGCACAAGUAUCUCGUCCAGAAGGCCGAGGUGGCCGUCGACGACCCUCUCGACCGCUACAACCCCGAGCCCGCGUGCGAGCAGGACUGCCCCGACUGCAUCCAGAACCGCGCCUCCAAGGAGACCGGCUUCGCUACCGGGAUGGGCAGCGCCGAGGAGUACAAGCCCAAGGAGCGCAUCGACUGGGUCCGGAUUGCCGAGUCCAUGGCCAAGCCCCGCUGGGUCUUUGACGGUCGCGGUGUCAUCGACUCUCGUGAGAUGGUCAAGCUGGGCGUUCGCGUCGAGAGCGUCGGUCGCCAGCACCGGUUCUGA